AUGGCCACCGUGCCCGAAUUGUUCGUGGCUGUCUUUGCAACCGCCAGCGUUGUCCUGUUAGCGACGAUCCUCCACCAAAGGUCCCUUAGACAGCCGUUGAAGUCGCCAGCGACCCAGGCCCUGACACGACGCGUCGAUGACACCCCGGCCGAGACUUCAGCGCCGAAGACCAAAAAAAGUCUGACACUGCGCAUCGAUGAGAUCCCGGCAGAUCAUGUCGAUAACCUGGACCGCAACCUGAAGUCCAUUCUCAGCAAGAUUCUAGACUUGCGGGGAGAUGCUAAUCCUAUGGUCUGUCGCUCUUUGGUGUCACAUGGCAAGGACUCCUUCUGUGCUACAAUCUCGAUCAACACGUCGCUCUCCGCAGAUGACCUGUCCGCCCAACUGCGCCAAGCAGGGCAGGCUCACCCGUACAAGUACACCUGCAAAUUCCAAGGGGUCACGCCACUUUUCGAGGACAAGAACGGUGCGAGUAUCGAUAUCGUCGCAGUACCCGGCCUCGGAAGCCACGCCCUCGGCUCCUGGAAAUCCCCACACAGCGAUGACGUCUGGCUACGCGAUUUCCUGCCCAAGGACGUGCCUAAUAUCCGGGUGCUGCUCUAUGGCUAUGAUACGAGUUUACAAGGCAGCCUCUCGAACCAGUCUAUGGAGGAUUUGGGCAGAGGUUUCUUGGAAAAAAUCAUCGCCUUCCGAGCGAAUGAUGGGACUGACCGUCGUCCGAUCGUCUUCAUCGGCCACAGCCUCGGCGGCUUGCUGAUCAAAGAGGCACUCAUCCGUGCUUGCAAACAUCACAACAAUAGAGAUUCUGACCUAUCUAAAGCUAGUUUUGGAAUGCUUUUUUUCGGUGUGCCAAACCUCGGCUUGCGAAAUGACCAGUUGGAAACCUUUGUCCGGGGUCAGCCAAACGCCGACUUGAUUCACGAUCUAGUGGUCAACAGCGAUUCAGAGCCCUCGACAUUCCUGAAGAGACAGGCCCGCGAGUUUUCCGAGGGCUGCAAGUGUUAUCGCGUUGUGACCUUUUACGAGCGCAAACACAGUCCAUUGUUGAAGAAGCAAGAUGGGAAGUUGGUCAAGUCCGGUUUGUGGUCUCUGUUGGUGACGGAGAAGUCGGCAUCUAGUAUAGGCUUGGUAGCUGUCGCUGAGGAAGACAAGGUACCCCUCAACACAGACCAUUCUGGGCUCGUCAAGUAUGAGUCCAAGAUUCAGGACAACUACACCAUCGUCAGAGAAUGGCUAAGAAGAUUUGUCGAUGAAGCGAGGCCAGAGGUCGCCAGACGAUUCGUCGAGCAUAGCCUCUACGGACCCCCAUCGGAGACAACGAAUGCCUGUCUGAAAUCACUGGCCUUUGAAGACAUGGACGGCAGGCAAGUCAAUAUCCCUGAUGCUGCCGACGGCACAUGCAAAUGGCUUCUCAAUCAUGAAACCUUGAUCAAAUGGAUCCGUCAAGAUCGGGGUCUUCUGUGGAUCAAGGGAAAACCUGGAUCUGGCAAGUCAACGCUGGUGAAAUAUGCUAAGGAUGCGAUUCCUCCAGCUUAUGACAAAGAGACGCUCGUAUUUUCCUUCUUUUUCCAUGGCCGUGGUCAUGAACUACAGAAAACUCCGAUUGGUCUCUUCCGAUGCCUCUUGCACCAGUUGCUCAAGUGUGUCCCUGGCGCCGUACCCGACCUGAUCAAAUAUUUUGACGACAAACGAGCAACCGAGGGCGAGCCCGGAGAAAAGUGGCAGUGGCAUCUGCAGCCAUUGCAGAGUUUCCUCAAGUCGUCACUUACAAUCAUCCUGAAGAGGUUUCCAGUCAUCCUCUUCAUCGACGCGCUCGAUGAGUGCGGGAAACAAUCAGCUGCCGGGUUGGUCGAAUAUUUUGAGAAAUUACGCUCAAAUCUCCCGCCAACGGAUUCUCGGUUCGGCAUUUUCUUCUCCUGUCGCCACUACCCCAUCCUACAACUUAAAGGCGGAUCAACUAUAUCGCUCGAUACCGCAGACAACGCAAACAUCACUGCAGACAUCACUACAUACAUUCAAGGCCGCUUCGAAAAUGGCCCGGACGUAGACGUCGAAAACUUGAUAUCGGAUCGCGCCCAAGGCGUUUUCUUAUGGGCACACCUUGUCGUGGAGAGGGUCCUGCUGCUGAAGCGCGAGGGGGAGUCGCGGGCCAAGAUUAAGGCCGAGAUCGAGCGGAUACCCCAGGAAGUAGGCGAACUGUACCGCAGCCUUAUGCGGAGCGUGGAGAAUGCCUCGGAAACCUUGAAAUUGAUGCAAUGGAUCUGUUUCUCUACGAGGCCAUUGACAACGGACGAGCUCCAAUGGGCUAUGGUAGUUGGCCCUGAUGACACUCACAAGUCACUCGACAAAUACCGAAACUCGGAUGAAUUCAUCGCCGAUGACAAGAUCGGCAUAAGGAUCAGCGCCCUCAGCCGCGGCCUCGCAGAGAUCGUACGGUCCAGAAAUGCUCGCGUCGUUCAAUUCAUCCAUCAGUCAGUCCAGGACUUUUUGGUCGAGGGUGGAUUGAAGGAUCUGGACAACACCACGAGACCAGCACACCUAGUGGGCCCCGAUGUCCAUUGCCGCCUCUCCCGUUCCUGUAUCCGCUACUUUAGAAUGGUUGUAUCGUCUCAGCCAGGAUCCCUUGGCGCCAAGGAUGAGUCAAGAUUCCCCUUGCUGCACUAUGCCACAACGUCAUGGGUGUCUCACCUGAAAUUGGGCGAUCCAGCCGAAGAGUCCCCGAACGAUCUUAUGCAUCGGCUUGGAUGGCUGACUGAGGUUAUGGUUGAACCAUGGGUGCGGACCUACAAGGCAUUGGAGCCUUACGCAAGGGAUUGCCCACCAACCGGAAGUAGUCUUGUACACAUCGGAGCGAGACACGGCUUGACGAAGCUGCUGUCAUGUCUACUCCUUGACACGGACAGAAUCGAUAUCGAUACAAGAGAUAACAAUGGCCAGACGCCGCUAUCGUGGGCCGCUGAGAAUGGACAUGAGGCUGUGGUUAAGAUGCUCCUUGAUACUGGCAAGGUCGAUCUCGCUCCUCCGGUCACCCGCCCUACCUCUGUUCUGCGUCUUCGCAGAUGA